AUGUUAAAUGAUUUAUUAAAAAAUGUACCUAAUAAUGGAUUCGAAAAUGAUAUAAUUGUAUCAUGGUUUCCAUGGAAAGUUAAACAAUUAGGAAUUAAAACACUUUUACAACAAAAAUAUAAAGGUAAUGGAAAUGAAAAUAGUCCAUUUAUAAUUGAUUGGCGUAAUUAUGAUCCAGAAAAUCCUAAGAAAUGGAUGAAUUUAUAUAAAUGGUUUAUAACAUUGAUUGUAAGCAGUGCAACAUUUGUAAUAACAUUUAUUUCUUCGGCUUAUAUUGGUCCAUUUAAAGAACUUAAAGAAGAAUUUCAUGCAAGUGAUGAAUCAAUUAUACUUGAAGAUGAAAUAGGUGUACAAAUACUUCAAUUAUGCGAUCAAUUUAAAAAUGGUUAUUUUGAAACAAGUGGCGCUUUUCUUAAUGAAAUUAAAAAAGUUCUUGAACAAACCAAAAAAUAA